AUGGAAGACUCAAGGCAGGAAGAACAAGAAGAAGAAGUUAAUGCAACAAUAGAAGGAUUAUUCAUUUGUGAGAUUUGCGUCGAACCCUCUUCAGAAAACAAAAAAUUCAAGAAAAAUAAUAGCCAUUGUUGUGUUCGCCAUUUCUUGAACAUCAAAUAUGUUGAACUGCAAACUGCGUCGUCAAAUAUGUUGCAACCAAGAGAAAUUGUCCCACAAAGUGUUUUUGCAAAGUGGUGUGAUGUUCUCUGUGAUAAUUAUGUUUUAGGGCUUGAGAGGAGUUACUGCCCUAAUAGGAAUUGCAGGGAGUUGGUGGUGAAUGAGUGCGGCGGGCAGGCGAAGAAAAAAUCAACACUCAUCCUUGCUACAAAUGUGGAAAAGAGCUUGUAG